AUGAAGUCUACGAUAUUCCUACUCUUUUCCGUGCUUGCAUUCUCCAAUGCUUGGACCCCUGCAUCUCAACCAGCAGCACAAACAAAAUCAUCCACCCAAUUGGAUUCCAUGUCGCGAGGAACCUUUGUCAGUGGCCUAGUUGCAGGAGUUAUUGGAAACACUCUCCUCAUGCCCACCGAGCCCGCCAACGCUGACGUAACCAGCAAGCUUGCCAGUGCCAGUGCUCUUCGCAACAUCAAGCGUGCCCAAAAACAACUCCCCAAGCUGCAAACCGUGGCCGAAUCCAACGAUUUUGCGGGCGUCAAGGAAUUCUUGAGAACCCCACCCUUUGGAGAUUCCCGAAAAUACUGUUUUACACUUGUCCGGGGAGCGGAAGAUGGUCCCAAGGCAGCCGAAAUCGAAAAGGUCUACAAGGCCUAUGUUUCCAGCAUUGAAAAGAUUGACGGAACCGCAUCGCUUGGAUUCCGAGGGCGAAAGAUUCCUCAAAUGCAACUGAGCGAAGAGUACUUGGUGGUCCAAUCAGCUAUGUCUGACUUUCUCAAAGUAGCGGAAGAGGCUGCCGAAAUUCCAGUUCAAUACGAUGAUGCCGAGUAA